AAGAUGGACACCUACGAACAAAAUGUUAUGCAAACGCUAAACGCGGUACCUCAAGGUGGUAGCACUGAUAUGAUGAAGAAAGUGGAGAGAGCGUUGAGGCUCAUCAAGACGGUGGAGGAAGCUGAGCGAUGGAUGAUACUUAAUAAGCAGAACAUCCGCUUAUUCAAAAAGAUGUUGAUGUUAAAGAAAGAAAAUCCUCUGCGUCUUGAAGCUAAUAUUGGACUUUGUAAAUCAUACCAGCGGCAACUUCACCGACUGCGAUUAGAUUUAGUUAAGCAAGGUGGUGGUGUCACCAAAAAACAAAAUCGACAUCUAAUCUGGGAGACAAUUGAAACCCACCACCAGGGCAGGGUGAAGACUGGUAUGAUUACCAAUUUGGAUUAUAAAGAUCCAAAUAUAUUUUUCAACCGGGCAUUUCCAAUGUUUAGAAGACACGUUCGGCGUGAGCUAGUGAAGCAUCCCCUCAAGGUGUAUAUUAUGUUCACGGGCAAUUUCAUUAAGCCCACCACCAAAGAGGAGGAUUUGAAAACAUUUAUAACGUCGGCCAAGGAAAUGUAUCUGACAACGGACAUGCAGGAGUGGUACAAUGAUCAUGUCAAAAACUAUUUGCUGAAAAAAUUGGAAGAAUUCCAGGAACGCGAUAGCGGUUGGGCUCUUGACAUGAUCAUAAAUAUUCGAGUCCACAUGAAUAAGUACUCUCCGAUCACAGCUGGGACUUUUUGUGAACUACCACCAGUCAUCAAAAAUAAAUUGGCUGUGGUUAAUGUCCGGAAUGAUGACCAACACUGUUUUCUAUGGUCGAUAAUGUCAGCACUUUACCCGGUUGAAAAGGAUCCUCAACGCUUGAAUAAGUACCCGCACUAUAGUCAUUAUUUGAAAUAUGAUGGAUUAAAGUUUCCCAUGUCUCUGGAUCAAAUUAAUAAAUUUGAAAAGAUGAACCCGCAGCUAUCGAUUAACGUGUACGGCUACAAAGUUACGUUUCUACGUGAUUUAGAAAUUUUCCCUGUACGCGUUAGUUCGAACACUGCGGGGCAGAAAAUUCAUCUAUUGGCUGUGGAGAAUGGGAACAGUCACCACUUUUGCUGGAUAAAAAAUUUAGCAAAGUUGAGUCGAUCGGGUGUAACAAAACACGUAGGUAAAAUUUAUUUAUGUGAUCGAUGUCUCAACUAUUUUGCUACAGAAGUCAAACUCCAACAGCAUUCAGUAAAUUGUGGUGAAAAAGAAGCGGUGCGGGUACGAAUGCCUGAAACUGAUGACGAGCGGUUCGUUGAGUUCAAAGAUUUCAACAGCAAGGAACGUGUUGAGUAUAUGGUGUACGCUGACUUUGAGGCACUAUUGGUACCACAACAUCAUGAAGACAUGGAAAUGGAUCAUGGGUCUUAUACAAAAAAUAUUCAAAAACAUGUACCCUACAGUGUAGGUUACUAUGUUCAUUGUACCCAUGAUCCCAACCAAUCGUUUUAUAAGGCAUACCGUGGUGCUGAUUGUGUCAAGUGGUUUGUUCAUGAACUGGAACAAGUAGCGUACUCAUUAGAGCAAAAAAUAAAACACGUUAAACCAAUGUAUCCGCUCACCGUCGAACAAGAACUGGAUUUUAUGUCAGCAGAGAAGUGUCACAUUUGUGAUAAAGAUUUCGUAUCCAAUUCCAUACGUGUUCGCGACCAUUCACAUCGCACAGGUAUCUACCGUGGAGCAGCACACCAAUUUUGUAAUCUGCAUUAUCAAGAUUCAAGGGUGAUACCUGUUGUGAUGCACAACUUAAGUGGUAAUGAUGAACAAUUUCAAUUGCUAACGAGAAAAGGUGUAUUUCCAUAUGAAUACAUGAGUAGCUGGGGACGUCUCCAAGAGACAAAAUUACCACCAAAGGAGGCGUUCUACAGUGUGUUAACAGAUGAACACAUAACGGAUGAGGAUUAUAACCAUGCGAUACAGGUAUGGAACACAUUCAAUUUACAUACACUAGGUGAUUAUUCAGACCUGUAUAUGAAAACUGAUGUGUUACUACUUGCGGAUAUUUUUGAAAAUUUCCGUAACACUUGUAUUCAUAGCUAUAAUCUCGAUCCUAGUCACUAUUACACACUUCCUGGCUAUACGUGGAGCGCCAUGUUGAAAUACACCAAUAUCAAAUUGGAAUUGUUCACGGAUAUUGAUGACUUGUUGUUUAUCGAGAAAGGAAUCAGAGGCGGUGUAAGUCAAUGUUCUAAUCGCUAUGCUAAGGCAAACAAUAAGUACAUGGAAGAGGGGUAUGAUAAAACUCAAGAAGAUGUCUACCUUAUGUAUUAUGAUGUGGUGAACCUAUAUGGUGCAGCAAUGUGUGGAUACCUACCAACAGGAAAUUUUAAGUGGGUCGACACACCAAACAUCGAGGAUGUUGCAGAUGAUUCACCAGUCGGGUACAUUUUAGAAACAUAUCGAAAACGUUUGUGUAUGACUUCCACUACAACUACAUGUACCAACGGUACAACCCCACAAAUGUCAGGUUAUUAUACACAGACACCGAUAGUCUAA